AUGGUGACCAAGUCAAAGAACCCAAUGGUAGCGACGACAGCAGGCGCCAUCGCCGGCGGCAUUGAGACGCUGAGUAUUUGGCCCAUGGAGAUGAUCAAGACCAACUUGCAAUUGGGCACGAUGCGCGCUCAGUACACAGGAAUGGUCAGUGGCUUCCGCUACCACAUUCAGACGGAUGGCGUGGGAUCGCUGUACCGCGGACUGGCGCCUGUGCUCGUAGGGUCGAUACCGAAAGCAGGUAUCCGUUUCGGGGCCUUUGACUACAUGAAGCGAAAGCUCGCGGACGAGAACGGCACAACAUCAGCCACGCGGAAUCUCGCAGCAGGUAUGAUGGCAGGUGCAGUCGAAGCCAUACUCGCCACCACACCAAUUGAGACGGUCAAGACCAAGCUGAUCGGUGCAAACGCCGGUGUGUGGGAAGGAACAAAGCUGAUUGUGGCACAGGAGGGUCUUCGUGGCAUGUAUCAGGGGCUGUGGGCAACGAUUCUGAAACAGUCGACAAACCAAGGCCUGCGCUUCAUGUGGUUCAGCGAGUUCCAGAAGCAUGUUAGCCCGGACUUUCUCGAGCGCCAUGGGGUCAUCCGUGAUGCACAGAAUAUGACUGGUAGUCAGCGCGCGUCGCUGAGUCUCAUCGGUGGCAUGACCGCCGGCAUCUUUAGCGUAUUCGGCAACAACCCAUUUGACGUGGUGAAGACGCGAAUGCAGGGGCUGCAGGCGCAAAACUACAAAAGCACAUUGGAUUGCUUCCACCAAAUGCUUCGGCACGAAGGCGUCGCGUCCUUCUACGCUGGAGUCGUGCCACGUCUCGGCCGCGUGAUUCCCGGCCAAGGCAUUAUCUUCAUGUCGUACGACAGCAUCACACAGACCGUGUCACGCUACUUGGAGGGCUAA